CCUCAGUCUGACUUUCAGGUUUUUAUUCUUACAUCUUAGAGAGUUUCUCUGCUGUUCUUAAAUUGUCCCACAGCAACUGCAAUUCCUGAUUCCAGAAGAUUUUUUAAGAAGAUUUUCUAAAUUCAUUAUUUCUAUUAGGUUUCCCCUUUACACCUUUAUUUAAUUCUGUAUAGACAUUGCCUAAUAAAGCUGUAUACAGUAAAAUCUAAUUUUGUAUAAGAAUGAAUACAUUUACGUUUUUACUCACACAUAAUACACUCACUAAACACAUGGUUUUGGUGAAAUGAAGUAAAUAAUGUUUACUUAGCUUCAUGGAUAAUAAAGUUUAUCAUCUGAUUAAGUUCAGUUAAAUAUACUUUAUUGUCCCCAAACGGAAAUCUGUCUAGGUCUCUGUCCUGCAAGAGAAUCAACAAAUAGAGAUCUUACAAAACACAUAGCAUUUAAUGUAACAAUUCCAAAUAUACGUACAUAAACACCUUCUUAUAGCAGUGAUACAUUGACAUAUUGCACGGCCCCUUGGCACAUCCUAAGUUACCUGUUAUUCAGAAUAUUAGUGGACAUCGGAAUAAAGGAGUGUUUAUAUUGGUUCAGCCUAGUUUGAGGGACCCUGAUUCUCUCCCAGAGGUAAAAAGGAUUGAAGAAAGUGGGUCGGCUCAGACGCUAUCUGCUGUGCCUGUCCAACAUCAGACUGCUCAUAGAGUGUUUGGCAAGAUGGGAAUAGGAAAACAGGAGGAUAACAAUCUGGUUUUCCCGAAAUGACAAGUUCAAUUCUCGAGAUCUUGAAGGGAACGGUUGAAAUUGAGUUGUUACCUUGGACAAACUAGCGUUGCUAUCCUGUGAUAACAAGGUAGGCUAAAUAAAUCGAGACCUUUAGAAAGGAAUGAUAUGUACUUUCUUUUACCACGGAAACACAGUGUCGAAUAAAAUGUAUUUUUGCAUGUCAUCUGAGGGCUCCAUUAGAAAACAACAAUGUAUGAUGUUAUGCAUAGAGUACAAUCUAAGUCAAAGUCUAUUUACAUCUGUAGUCUGUAGUAAUAUUCUGAUAAUGAUCUUUAGUCUUUCAGUUCAGAAAACGACCAAAAUGGCAACAAGUUCUUACCUGGACCUCUCUUAAUAAUAGGAUGAAGAUAUUUUAAAUACUUCAUGGUUUGUCAUGUCAAAACAUUACAACUCAACUUUUUUAAAAAAAGGUCAUAUUUGAUUAUUUCAGUUUUUACUUGCUCAAUAAUUUGGUUUUAUUGUUGUUCAUAGUCCAUAAUGUCAAUAAUUGACAGGGUGCUAACACUGAUACUGGUAGGUCAGCCUCACACAGCAUUUCCUUCUGCUGCCUUUGUGCUCUAAUAUCCAGAUUCUGACAAAUAACUAGCAGGGGAAGCGAAACAGUUUAAUUAUCAUAAUCACAUAUUCUGUGAUAUCCUUGAUACUCCAGAUGAAAUGGAAACAGCUGCAAUAGCUGUCAUCAUCCUGGGAAUCUUUUCAGGUUUCACUGAUGGUGUUGGUGUGUUGCCAGACCUAUUGAAUGCUGCCGUGGGAGAGACAGUGAGGUUCACAACCACACUGAGUCCAACAGAAAAACCCUUUUCCUCAGUGGCCUGGUGGUUUGGUGAUAGAGAAAUAAUCACUUCCAACUCUGUUACUGCAAUUUACACAGAUUAUGAAAGCAGGAUUACUUACUUCCCCUCUACGGGCUCACUGGAGCUCAGGAUUCUGGCCCUUAGUGACAGUGGAGAAUACAGAGUUACCAUUAUACCAUAUGGAGAAACAGCGAAGUAUGGGAGCACAAGACUGCAAGUAUAUGAGCCAGUUUCCAACAUAAUGGUGACUGACAGAGGUACAGACUUGGUGGAGUUCAGCUCUAUCUAUCUCUCCUGCUCCUCAUCUGGAUCCUCCCUCUUUUUCCGCUGGUGGAACGACACCUCUGAGGUUAUAACUAGUGACAGAGUCCAGCUCACUGAUGGAGGCUCAACUCUCACCAUAACCAAUGUGAUCCGCUGUGACCAGGGACCAUACAGGUGUUUAGUUGGCAAUCCUGUCAGUAACGGAAGCAGUGGUCUAAUAAACCUCUCCAUCAGCUUUGGCCCUGAAAGCACCAGUUUAAAACUAUUUCCAUCACAAGAAUACUUUGCUGAAGGAUCAGACAUCAUCAUGUCCUGCUCAGCUGACUCAAGACCUGCUGCCCUGUUUUACUGGUUCUUUGAUGGAGGGAAGCUGCCUGACACUGGACCCGAGUUCACAUUGAUGAACAAUCAUGUGGAUCAAAGUGGAAACUACAGCUGUCAGGCCUUUAACAGCAAGACCGAGAAAUACCAAACAUCGCAGUCCUCAGUUAUAUCUGUCCUUGAGCGAAUAUCAGGAGCUUUUGUCACAUCAUCAACAAACCUGAUGAUUGAGGAGAACUAUGCCAACCUAACCUGUGAUGCUGCUGGCUCUGUGUUUACCAGACAAUGGGUAAAGGAUGGAUCAAAUAUGACUCUGACUGACAACAUACAAUUUUAUGAUGGGAAUAAAGUAUUGUCCUUUCAACCACUAACAAAAAAUGACAGUGGAGAAUAUUCCUGCAGAGUCAGCAACCCUGUGAGCUAUGAGGAAGCGAAAUACAUCACGGUUGUUAACUAUGGACCAGAAAAUGUUCAAAUCAAAGGCCCAAGGGAGAUCAAUCUCGGUCACGACUUCGCGUUAACCUGCUCUGCUGAGUCCACACCAUUUGCAUCCUACACCUGGAUACUGAAUGGAUCAGAGAUAUACAAUUUGUCUGUGUACAUUAAAAACCACACUGAACCCUCGGACAGUGGAAACUACACCUGUCAAGCCAGGAACAGGAUAACUGGGAGAACAUCCUAUGCAGUGCAUGGAUUAACAGUAAAUGCAGAUGGAGGUCUUUCAGCAGGUGCCAUUGCUGGAAUAAUAAUCGCAUGUUUAGUGGUGGCAUUUUGUUUCGCUGCUGGAGGAUACUUUAUUUAUAAGAAGUGAGUAAAAUUACGUCACAGUUUGUUACUGGUCAGCAUGUUUAUGUUCUUGAAUGGUUUUGAUUCUGGUGUUUGUAAUUGUAAUUUUAAUUGACAAGCUUACGCCACCACACAUGAACAACACCCAAAAUGAUAUAUUGUUUAAGUAUGUAUCUGAGUAUUUGUUUUACAUAAUAAACAAUACUGUUUU